GAGCACUACUUUGGCAAAGAAGACCAUGAAUUCAACCAGACCUAAUGUUGCUUCUAAAGGGCCUCAUUCAAAUAUGAGCAAGGGCAGGGAUGGCCCAUCUCAAGGAAGUGAUGACCUUGCGCGAUCUUUUUUGGGCACUGUUUUCACUGCCAAUAAAGUUCGCAGCAUGCAGGCAGUUGUUAGAGACUUGCGCCAGUUGGCUGCAAAAUAUGCUUCCAAUAGAAAGGAUGGAUCCAAACUGCAAGCUCUGUGCAAUGCUGCAAAAAAUUGUGCAUCGCUGCCUCAUGAUGAGCUGAAUCGAAAAAUACAUCUAGUUGCUGUUCCUGGUCAUAGUGUUUUUGUUGCAAAGCAUGAGGAUAAGCGAGCUCUACGAAACAUAUUUAUUUUGCUCUUCCGUCACAAAGAACCCAAUGGAACAUUGACUAAGCAGGAAGUUGUUGCUGCUGCUGCGAAACAUAUAAAAAGAGAGAUUACUGACAGAGAGUACCAUCAGGUUGUGACGGAGAUCUGCAUUUCUACAGAAGAUGGGCACUUGCUGUUGAAAAAUGGUGAUGAGCCCUGAGUUCGCUAUGAUAUGCCCUGUGAAGGUCCACCAAGGUCGAAUCGUCUCUGAUGCGUAGAAUAGGGUCAUUCGGAGUUUGGGAUUUGGCCGGUGAGAAUGAGUAUUGAUCAGGCAGUUCAAGAUAGCUACAGCAAACUGUUCUAGGUGGCUUUGUCAGCCAUUUUUGGCUCAGCAGUUUUUGCUGGGUGCUAAUUGAGCGGUGUUUUUCGGUUAGUCGUCUUUAUUUGUGUCCAUUGAAUCCUUGCUGGUCUAGCUUGGCGUAAUUCAGUUAGGGAUGUUAUUUUGUCUUUUAAGUGCUGAUAUUGUCUGCCUUCAGUAAAGUAAAGUGGAAACCAUGAACCAAUUCCUCUUUUCUUCUGUCUUUGGUUUAGAGUUCGAUAAAUUUUUUGCUACCAUUUCCUCUCGGGUAAACUCGUUUUUGGCAUCUUUUCAUUUUAUGGAAGAAGAGGGUAGAAAUUGGUGGUUUACGGGAGUUUA